AUGCCCAAGCUCAACAACUUCUUUCGGGCAAACCAGAGAUACCCGCCUAUUAUGAGCAAGUUCCUCAUUUCCCGUCCGGGUCACGUUUAUCUGGCCGCGUAUGACGCAUCGGCCAACACAUUCACUAUCACCUACGACCUCGCCCUCCCCGGCUGCCUGUCCUGGCUCGCUGUGGACCGCCCACGCUCGCUCCUCUACGUCGUUGACGAGGACAGCAGCAAGUUCCACCGCUUCCGCCUGGACCUCGACUCGGCCACGCCGUUUACGCACCACGAGACCGUCGACACCGCCAGCCCCGGCGCCGUGUACCUGGCCUUUUCCUGUGACGCCCGCCGGCUCCUCUGCGCCGCGUUUGCGAGCGGCAACGUCGACGUCUGGGAUGUUAGCGACGGCAUCGCGCUGGAGAGGUGCCUCGACAAGACGGUCGUGUCUGAUGGCCGGCCCGGUCCGCUGUCUCACAUCCAGGACGCCCCGCACCCACACCAGGUGCUCCUGGACCCGACGGGGCGCUUCUACGUGGUGCCGGACCUGGGCACCGACGAGCUGCUCGUCAUCGACUCGCAGGACGACGCGUUUGCGAUUUCGAGUCGCGUCGCCGUAGGGCCGCCCGGCAGCGGCCCUCGGCACGGUGCGUUUUAUCCCGUCGGCGCCGCCACCCCAUCACACUACAUCCUCCUCUGCGAACUCGCCAACAUCGUGGUCGUCUACGCGCUUCACUACACGGGCUCCACGCUUGAGUUCACCAGGGUGUCGGAGACGUGUACGUUUGGGCCAGGAGGACCCUCUGUUGCUACAGCACGCGCGGGUCACUUGGCGCUCCUUCCAGACAACAAACAUAUCCUCCUGACGAAUCGCCUGACGGGGCGCGCCCACGAUAGUGUCGCAUACAUGCGCGUCCACGACGGCGGCGAGCACCCUGUCCUUGAAUUCGUGCAAGAGGUGCCAACGCUCGGGUUGCGCCCGCGCAUGUUCUGCCUCAUGGACGACGGGCGGGGCGCCAUUCUGGUGGCGAAUGAGCAAUCCGAAUUUGGCGUCGUAGUGCUGGCGCGGACACCAGACGGGCGCAUCGAGAAAACACCCAAGCUGUGCGUGCGCAUGUCGGAAUUCAUGGACCAGGCAGAGAUGGUGGAACACCCGGGAAACGGACCAAAGUUUAUCAUGCAAGUAUAA